GCGCCGCGUGCUAAUCGCGUUACUUGAUAGUAGGGGCCUGGUCUUGAGAAGGUAGAGCACAAAUGAAGAGCUUCAGCGACACUAGCUUCUCACAGUAUGUGCUCCUUUUUUUCUUUUGGAAUCGAAAGUGAUGUGGCUAGUAGCGAAGAAGGGGUGUAGUCUUCAUGACCCCGAAUACACCUGAAGGACUUGGCACUUGGCGCCUGCUCGGCACGCUGCUCCAUGCCGUGAUGCUAUUUGCUGCAACAAACACACGCCUCCACAAGGGUCAGCUAAACCUUGCCGACACGCAGAGCCACUGGGGCGCUUAGGUUUGGGGCUAGAAUGAACCACCGAUGGUUCCGGCCGAUGGUGGCGCCUCAAGAACAGCACGUUACCGGUGGCCGACCGACUGACCCCGAAAGACGGCCAGCCGAUGCCGAUCAAUAAAAGCUUCUGCGCACUAUCGAGCGUCAGUUUGUGUGCUUCGAUCGUUCAAGCAGUCAAGAGUUCUUGGUUCAAGCGUUACCCCGUUGGCUAAAGACUACCCUUUUGAAGCGAACCAUUCACAGUGUUUAGUGCCUGCGAUCGGUCCGAUCACGGUCUAGCAGUGCAAGGAGGAAGAGUAGUUGCAGCAGCAGUAUCCCCCGGGUGCUAGACGUCAGUGAUGGGUGGAAUCGUGUCCCGUGUGUUCCGUGGUGCACCAGAGCACACCGGCAGUUGCCAGACUUGCCAGCGGAGUUGCUGCGUUUGUCUGGAUGCUGGCCUCGAGCUGACGCAGCGUCGAUUGCGGCGUCUGGAGGAGCGUGAUGCAUGGCUUCGCAGCCGGGCCGGUAGUCGACGGGCUAGCCGACGGUUCCUGACCGAGGACGAGGACGAGGAGUUGGAGGAGGAACUAGUACCGAGAACGCGUCCAGCCUCGCGCCGCUCUCAGCGUAGACCGGCAGCGCAAAGGCCACGACACCCGCAGGCACAGUCUGAACCCGAGGAGGAAGAAGAGGAACCACAGGAAGAGCCGCAAGAGGAGGAGGAGGAGGCAGUGGCCGUGCCUCGUCAGCCAGCACGGCGAGCACGUGGCCAGGCACGCCGUCAGCCUGCCGCACCACGUCCAGCACGACGAGCUGCGCGGCCACAACCGCAGCAGGAAGAACCGGAAGAGGAGGAAGAAGCGGAAGAGGAGCCCGAACCAGUGGGGCGUCGUCCUCGAACCGGACAGCGGGCGCAGCAGCAACGCCAGCAGCGGCAGCCAGCCCGGCGACGACAGCCACAGGCUCCAGAAGAUGAAGAGGAAGAAGAAGAAGAGGAAGAAGAGGAGGAGCAGCCACAGCGUCGCUCGGCGCGCCGUGGCCGAGGAGGUGCUCGAGCUGCAGCUCCAGCCAGACGUCCUCGUCGUCGCAACGCUCAGCAGGAUCAAGGAGAGGAAGAAGAGAAUGGCGAGGAAGAAGAACCGGAGGAGCAAGAAGAGGAGCAGGAACGCCCGGGACGUGCUGGUGGCCGUCGACGUGGCGGAUCGCAACGUAACCGGACUCAGCGACGUAACCAAAGACGCCAGCGGACCGAUCCGGAUGUCCUUAGCACGGAUACGGACGAGCUGGAAGCAGAGGAGGAAGAGCUAGGCCGUGAGGCACGGCUUCGCCGUCUCGAGCGACGCCUCCAGCGGGAUGAGGACCGGAUCCGUGAGCGAAUUCUGCGCGACUCGGAGGAACUUCGCCGUCAGCGAUCGUGGUGCCGCCGGCAAACGCACCUAUCGCUCGAUCGUCGCCAGCAGCGUGAACCGGAACCGGAAGUCGUCAGUGGUCCGAACGUGCGCCGCCUGGUGGCCUGCUAUGAGCUGAAGCGCAGCGAUAUCAGCGACGCGGAUGCGCAAUCGCUCCAGAAUCUCUUCACCGCGGUUGACGAUCAUCCGAUGCGCCGGCCCUGUGGUGCGCGAUCGCCCGUUAAAUGCUGUACGCAUGACGAUCGUUCCCAAUAUGGCCGCUUGCGGCUGUCAUGUUCCCAUGCUCGGGCAUGACACUGUUUGUUUGUUUGUUCGGAGGAGUUUGCGCAGCAGGAUCACACCGUACGGUUCUAAUCGAAACGUUCGUUUCGUUUCUCUUUUUCUCU